CGCUGGGAAUCGAAAGCGAAAGUUAGGCCGCGCGCGCUAUGGCCGCCCUCCCAGCCCCGCUCCUGGUGCGGGUCUCUCCCGCGCCCCGGACCGGGCCCGGCGACAAGCUGCAGCUCAAGCUGGAGAGCUACUUCCAGUCCUACAGGCGCUCCGGGGGAGGCGAGUGCGAGGUGGAGCCGGGCCCCGAGCCGGGCACCUACCUGGUGCGCUUCUGCUCGGAGAAAGAUAAGAACAGUGUGAAAUCACAUGAAGACCAUGCCCUAGAAAUUGAUGGCAAAAGUCUGAAAAUAUUUAUCCAGGCAGAUUCAGAAGUAGAGGAUCCUGGAGAAAGCCAGCCUACAACACAAUCCUCAGGCCGAUCUAGCACUUCAGGCUUUUCACAACUUCAGAAGAAAUCUGAUAAGAAGCAGCUUGGUGAAAAAUAUGAUGCCAGUUCAUCUUCUAGAGCAUUUACUGAAAAGAUUUUUCUCCAUGUGUCUGCAACCUUGAAUACCGACCUGUUCACUAAACAGCAAAGACAACAAGUGAGCACUCUGUGCCCAAACUUAAAAAUAGAAAAAAAUUCUAGUGAGCGCGGCAUCGAGAAAGUGACAGGAGACUAUGCAGAUAUUGAAAAAGUGUAUCACUAUUUUGAUGAGCUCCGUAUAAAAAAUGACCAACACACUGAUUUUUCACACUCUGAAAGAAAGAAUGAUUUGGAAGAUGUGAAUGAGAAUGGUUUGGAUGAAGUGAACAAUAUUGAAGUUCCAUCAGCUCUCUAUGAAUACUUUAACCAUGUCUAUGAAGAACAAAUUAAAGAAUUACAGCAACGUUUCAACGUAAAGAUAAAAAGCAAAGAGCAUGAGAAGGAACUCACUUCAGUAAGCUUCAUAUCUGUUGGGAGUUCUGGAUUAGUAAAGAGAGCUCAGCAGUCUUUCAUCACUAAUUUUCAGAAAGGAAUAGCAGAUUUAAAACAAGAAAAAGUUUCUUUGACAAACUUUUCCCAGUUAAAUGAAACACUACUGAAAUUAAGUACCAGGUUUAGGAGUCUUCUUGCCAAAAGUGAAGGAAAUACAGUAAUACUGCGUGGUCCAGCAAAUGAGAUUUUGGCUGCAAAAAAAUUUCUUGAAGAAAAAGACAUGAACAGCCCACUUGAAAAACCUAUGAAAAUAACAUCUGAAGCUUACACAUAUAGGAAUGGAAUUGAAGUUGAUUCUGUUGGGUUUAAACUCUUGGAAACAAUAUUAAGUAAAGAAAUUGAAGUGAUAAAUCAAACAUUUGAUACCAUAAUGGAAAACAAGUUCUCUCCACGGAGCCAGAGAGCAUGCAUCAUAUUUAAACCUAAGAACAAAGAUUCAGAUAUGUCUGCACAUGCUUAUGAAAGCUUCAUUAAUGCAUUUCAGAAGGCCUCAGCAAUGAUAACUGAAAAAGACCUCUGCUUGAAACUUUCAGGUGAUCAGAAAAAACGGCUGAAUAAAUACUUUAAUAAACUACAAGUGGAAAACCCAGGUAUAAUACUUAAGAACAAGGAGGAGAAACUCAGUUUAAAAGGUUUACCAGAUCUUCUGCAUGCUGCAGAAAAGCACAUCAGGAGCUUUCUUUACAUUGAAGGCCCUGUAAAGAUUAAAGAAGGGACCUCUCUCACGUAUGGUACCAGCUGUAGAGGUGCUACAGGAACUUCCGUGGAUGCAGUUGAUGAUGGGAAAAUGAAUAGGGUUCCUCCCAAAGAACAACCUAGUCCAAAGGUAGCAGGAGCAGAGGAAGCCAAAGAUGAGUGUGCCAUUUGCAUGGAUAAAAUCCAUCAAAAAGAAGUACUGCAAAAGUGCAAACAUGAAUUUUGCAAAGCAUGCAUCCAACAGGCAAUGAAAUAUAAGCCUGCCUGUCCUGUCUGUAAUACAGUCUAUGGACUCAUACAAGGAAAUCAACCAGAGGGAGCAAUGUCUGUCUCAAAGUUUUCUUCUCCAAUCCCUGGCUAUCCUCAUUGUGGGACUAUUAAGAUUGACUAUUAUAUGCAAGGUGGGAUUCAAACUAAAAACCAUCCAAACCCAGGCAAACACUACUCUGGAACAAGUCGAACAGCAUACUUACCUGACAACAAGGAAGGAAGAGAAAUUUCGCAGCUGCUUAAAAGGGCCUUUGACCAAAGAUUGAUCUUCACAGUGGGGCAGUCACGUACUUCUGGUGCAAAUGAUGUUAUCACCUGGAAUGAUAUUCAUCAUAAAACAAGCAUGUAUGGGGGACCUGAAAUGUUUGGUUAUCCUGAUCCUAAUUAUCUGAAACGUGUUCGAGAAGAACUGAAAACAAAAGGAAUUGAAUAAAGACAUGUCAGCCAACUGCUUUUAAGCUGAAUUCACUAUAAGAUAUAAGUGUUUACUUAAGUUUAUCAGUUGAUUACAGAUGCGUAAAGUUUAGAGGACUUCUUCCAGGAAUAGCACAAUAUUGCUGUAUUGUCCAAAACUCCCAAUGAAUCCAGAGGCCUGGCACCUCUGAAAAUCAGGACAUGGUUCUAAGUCUUUGAUUGCAUAUACAACAAGCCUAUAGGCAUUGCAUUUUCAGUUGCUUUUAACUUUUUAUUUUAUUUCGCUGGUAAUCAUAAUGUAUCUUCCAGUAUGUGGAUGAAGUACUCUCUGCUGAUAUGAUUUGAUUAUUGUAGACAUUUUACUUUACUGAUGAUAUUUUACAUUAACAAAAUAAUUGUUUUUUAAAUUUACAGUUAUAAAACAUGUCUCUGAUUUAGUGCACUUGAUUAUUAUUAGCUAAGUAGUUUUCACAAAGUAAAAAUGUGGUCUCUUUCA